GUGGGCCUUUAUACGUUACUAUUGAAGCUGCCAAAAAAAAUUGACAGGGUAAAAAAUGCUAUUAAUCCAAAUAAACACAUGGCAAAGUUGGAAGUGACCAAAAUUGCUACUCCAUCCAUGAUCCAGCUAGAUGGGAUGGGAUGAAACCAUAUCUGAUUUUGGGUUAGGAUGAUUCCACUCACGUGUUUGGUUUGUAGGAUGUGACAAUCCUAAUUUUUUGUUUGGUUGAAGGGAUAAGGGGGAGAUGGGAUGGACAUUGUUUGCCAUCACCGUCAACGACCGUUGACUGCGCCACAAUCAAGCACAGUGGCAGCAGCAGGACGGCCACCACCGUCGGAGCACCCAACCCGCUGGCCCACCAUCGUCGCCGCGGCUGGAUCGGGAGAUCCCCUGCGCCAGAUCCGCCGCCGCCGCUCUCCCUACCUCCAAGUUUCGCCGCCGCCGAGUCCCCCUCCUCUGGAUCCACCGCCGCCGCCCUCCCUACCUCCAAGCUUCGCCGCCACUCGAGCCCGCCACGUCGACAUCACCGCAGCCGCUCUCGUCGAGCAUCGCGAUGAGCGGCAGGAUGGCGCAGAGCAUCUCGCUCGUGGCGGCGACCGGUGUUGAGGCAGGGGGUCAUGGAGGAGCGUCGGCGGUCGUGGAGGUGGUGGCAGGCGGUCGUGGCGGAGCGCCGGCGGUCACAGAGGAGGCGGCGGGCGCGGGCGCGGACGAGCGCCGGCGGUCGCCGAGGAGACGCCGUGUGCUUCGUCCAAGUGGGACGAGCUCGUCUGGCCGAUUUUGCCGGAUGUGUUUGUCCCGGAUCUAGGAGGAAUAUUCCUCUCUAGGGACCAACCCAUCCCACUCGCCCCUCAACCAAACACCUCUAAAAGUAGAUUCGUCCCAUCCCAUCCCACCAACCAAACACUACCUAAAUUCACACGAAUCCACUUCAGUCAAAACGAGCGCGUGCUCUCCAGGCCCACCACCACCUGGGCCCCCACUCCCCCUUCAUUCCAGAAUCUAUUUCAGCCAAUCGGCUCUCUGCUUCUCGCCUCGCCAAGCAGAGCACCCGCGCCGCGCCUUCUCUCGCCACCGCCGCCGGAGACAUGGCGCCGCCGCCGCCGCCGACGCCAUCGCCGGCGCAGCCGAAGACCAGAAAGAAGGACCACGUCCGCCUCAACAACCCGUUCCCGAGGGCCGUGCCGUCGUCCUCCCUCCGGCACCGGGACGCCGCGCCGCCGCUCUCCUUCUCGCCGUCCUCCAAGCUCGCCCACGGCGCCCACGACUUCCCUGUCGGCCCCCACUUCCUCCUCCGCUGGGACCCGUCCCUCGGCGGCGCGGUGUCGCUGGCUCCUCGCCGUGGUGGCGGUGGCGCGACGAUGUGGGAGACCGUCCCCGGCGUCGCGUUCGUCUCGGCGGCGUCCGUGGACACCGAGGCCGACGAGUGCCGCGGCUCGUUCGCGCUCCGCGACGGCCGCGCCCGCCUCGUCCCCGACCGCCAGCGCGUCGACAGGAUCCGCGCCGUGUACCGCCGCGACGCCGACGCCGACGCCGACGCCGACCUCCUGCGCGUCGCCGGCGCGGCGUUCCAGGCGUCCGAGCACGAGCAGGCGCGGUUCCCCGUGGUGGUGAUCACCGGCGUCGUGUCCGCCAGGAAGCCGACCCCCUCGCCGUCCUGCCUCUGCGGCCGGCGCCGCGCCGCAGCCGCCGCCGGACGGCCGGUCCUCUCGGCGCGGUACUGGAUCCUCCUCGAGGAGAAGAGCGACACGCAGGUCGCGUUCCGCGUCAACCUCGGCGACUACCAAUGGAGCUGCGACCACGACCGCCACGCCACCCACCCAUCCCCAUUGCCAUCGCCAUCCCCCUCCACCUCCCCAAGAACGCACCGCGCCGGCAGCAUCCUCCGGCUCCGCCUAUCCACCCGGGUGCAGCGGAGCAGCGGCGGCAGCAAGAAGAAGAAGAAGCUCGCCUUCGCCGCCGCGGGCGUCCCGGCUGACCGGGAGGAGCUCGCGCCGCUCGUGCCAGCGGCGGCGGCGAAGGAGGAGUUGGAGUUCAACCGGGUGUGGAUGACGUUGGCGAGCUCGCGGGAGGAGAGGUUCUACGGGUUCGGGGAGCAGUUCAGCCGCGUGGAGUUUAAGGGGAAGCGCGUGCCGGUGUUGGUCCAGGAGCAGGGGAUCGGGAGGGGCGACCAGCCCAUCACGUUCGCCGCCAACCUCGUCAGCUACAGGUCUGGAGGAAACUGGAGUACUACGUAUGCUCCGUCUCCGUUCUACAUGACCUCAAAGAUGAGAUCUUUGUACCUCGAGGGAUACGAUUACUCCAUUUUUGACCUGACAAAGCCUGAUAGAGUGCAGAUUCAGGUGUACGGGAGUUCAGUCCAGGGGAGGAUCCUGCACGGCGGCUCGCCGACGGAGCUGAUCACGAGCUACACGGAGUCGACGGGGAGGCCGCCGGCUCUUCCCCGGUGGAUCACGUCCGGCGCGGUGGUCGGGAUGCAGGGCGGCACGGACGCCGUCCGCCGCGUCUGGAAGCAGCUGCAGGACCACGACGUCCCGGUCUCUGCAUUCUGGCUGCAGGAUUGGGUUGGCCAGAGGAAGACGUCCAUUGGAUCCCAGCUAUGGUGGAACUGGGAGGUAGACGACGACCACUACGCCGGAUGGAAUGAUCUGGUCCGCGAUCUCCGGCGCCGCGGCGUCAGGACCAUGACCUACUGCAACCCAUGCCUCGUCCCGAUGGACAAGAAGGCGAACGCGAGGAGGCACCUGUUCGAGGAGGCCAAGAAGCUGGGGCUCCUGGUCCGGGACGCCGCCGGCGAGCCGUACAUGAUGCCCAACACGGCGUUCGACGUCGCCAUGCUGGACUUCACCAACCCGGCCGCGCGCGCCUGGUUCAAGGGCGAGGUCCUCGCCGUGAUGGCCCGCGGCGGCGCCGCCGGCUGGAUGGCCGACUUCGGCGAGGGCCUCCCGCUGAACGCGCGGCUGCACUCCUCCGGCUCCGGCGACGACGGCCCCGUCGCGGCGCACAACCGGUACCCGGAGCUGUGGGCGCGCGUCAACCGCGAGUUCGCCGACGAGUGGCGCUCCGGCGAGCACCGCCGCGUCGCGGACGACGCCGACGACGGCGACGGCGACGGCGAGCUGGUGUUCUUCGUGCGGGCGGGGUUCAGGGAGAGCUCGAGGUGGGCGAUGCUGUUCUGGGAAGGGGACCAGAUGGUGAGCUGGCAGGCGAACGACGGCAUCAAGAGCAGCGUCGUCGGCCUCCUCACCGGCGGCAUGUCCGGCUUCCCGCUCAACCACGGCGACGCCGGCGGCUACUGCACCGUCGACCUGCCGCUCCUCCGCUACCGCCGCAGCGAGGAGCUCCUCCUCCGAUGGCUGGAGCUCAGCGCCUUCACCGUCGUCUUCCGCACCCACGAGGGUAACAAGCCAGGAUCCAACUGCCAGUUCUACUCCAAUAACCGCACGCUCGCGCAUUUCGCGCGCUGCGCAAAGAUCUACAAAGCCUGGGAGUUCUACCGGAUCCAGCUCGUCGAGGAGGCGGCGGAGAAGGGCCUUCCCGUGGCGCGGCACCUCUUCCUCCACUACCCGGAGGAUCAGCGUGUGCAGAAGAUGACAUACCAACAAUUCCUGGUUGGGACAGAGAUGCUGGUGGUGCCGGUCUUGGACAAGGGGAGGAGCACGGUGACCGCCUACUUUCCCAUGUCAGAUGGCGGCUUAUGGAAGCACGUUUGGACCGGCGAUGAGUUCGGUGGUCGUACGAGUAGAGGGGGUGUAGGAGAGGGGAUGUCGCAUGGGUCUGAGGCCGAGGUUGAGGCCCGGAUUGGCUUCCCGGCUGUGUUUGUGAGAGUUGGGUCGACCGUUGGAGAAAGGUUUGUAAGAAAUUUGAGGGAUCUCAAAGUAUUAUGAUUUCAUAACCAAUUGUUUAUACAACGAAAAGAAAGGAAAUUUAAUUUGGGUUUCAAAGAGUGAGGAAGACAAUGUGUUUUUUUUUUGGGAGAAGUUUGCAACUCUUGAACUCCUUAAAAACUUCUUUCACUGAACUCCUUUAUUAUGUUGUUGGAUUGGAUAUUAAUUUGAUCCAACCAUAUGAAGCAUUUAUUGGAUUUGUAUUCUUCA